UUUAAGAAGUUCUUUUGUGAUUAACUUUGAAUAUUACCGCUUGGGGUGUCAACUUUUAUAAAAUAAAAAAAAACAGUGACAAUUAUCUUUUUAAUGUUAAUAUUCUCGUCUUUGCAUUGUAUUAUAUUUCCGGGCCAUGCAAAUAAUGUAAUAGUUAAACGCAGAUGACGAUUUUCAAAUGCCUCCUUACAGAGAUUUGUACCCCGAUUUCCCAAUCGUUCGCCGCCAACAAUGGGGUGCUUGGGAGCCGAGGUUUUCCGGCAAAAUGUGGUUCCCACUCAGUUAUAUACACACCAGCUAUACAAACACAGCUACCUGUUUAAGACCCGACAACUGCAGAAAGGAGCUUCUGUUUCUACAGAGAUUUCACAUGAGAAACUGUCCUGACAUCAAACACAAUUUCUUAAUCAGCAAAUCAGGCAAGGUGUUUGAGGGGAGAGGGUGGUUAGCCAAGCCAAGUUUGCCAGGACGACACAGGGAUAUUCAAUACACUAGCCUUUACAUAGGCUUCAUUGGCAUGUUUAAAGAUGAACUACCCAAUGAAAAAAUGAUGGAAGCGAAAGAAGCUAUUUUAAAACUUGGCAUAAAACACAACUUUAUAAGAAAAACCUUUUUGGAAUUCGAUUUGCAGGGAGAAUCGCUGAUUGAGAAUGAGGGCCUCUACAGAUACUAUCAGUGAUAUCAUAAGAAACUAUUAUCAUAAUCAUUACUAUAGUCAAGAAAGCUGUGAUAGUUUAAGUUAAUCUAUUCAAAAGUUGUAACUACAAUAAAGGAACACUGAGGUUAGUUAA